GAAACAUUUCGCGUGCAUUUCUAAACUAAACAGGUGUUUUUUUAAAGAAAUCUUUGUAAUUUUUGGUAUAAUUUUCGUCUACAAUCGUUUUAUGUUGGUGUUAAUUUAACAAGCGUGUUAUUAAAUAAGAAAUGUGUGUUUGUGUGCUUAUAACUUAGUUGUGAUAAUGUACUACACCUCCUAUUUCGAUCAUGUAUGGAAUAUAACAGAAAUUUUCUUUAUUACAAGUCACCGGUCUACCCUGUUAUGCAGAUUUGGAUAUUUUCAACGUUAUAAUAAUGGAAAAUGGAGGAAAUGGAAAGAAAAUAACAUCGUUAUGGAAUAUAAAGGAUGUGAAUAUAAAAGGAACGUGGAGUGUUAUAAAAAAAUUUAAAUAUGAAGACUUGGUUGGAUUUCUUUAUCAACCCAGGGAUCCUUCGAGUUUAGGAGUAAUACGAUUUUUGUUUGGUUUUUUAAUGCUAUUGGACUUAUCAGAAGAAAGAGGUGGAGCAGACAUAGAUACAAGAUGGGGAGAUCCAAAAGAUUGUCAUUUCCCGUUAUUUUCCUCUUUGACCAAUCCAGGAUAUGUCAAAAUUUCCUUUGUUUAUUUAUUAAUGUGGUUAGGUUGUUGUGGAAUAAUGUUGGGCUACAAAUUCAGAAUAAGCAUUUUCCUAUUUGGAAUUCCCUAUUGGUACCUUCUCCUAUUGGAUAAGUCAUUCUGGAACAACCACAGCUAUCUGUUUGGAAUCGUCACUAUUUUAUUGAUGGGCUCAUCGGCAAACCAUUUUUUGUCGAUUGACAGCUAUAUCGAUCCAUCAAUACGAAACGCUGAUGUGCCAUAUUGGAAUUAUUUUAUUUUAAAAUACCAGUUUUUUCUGUUAUAUUUUUUGGCUGGUCUCAAAAAAACAGAUAUGGAAUGGUUGGAAGGCUAUUCAAUGAGCCAUUUGGGAGAGCAUUGGGUUUUUUCUCCCUUUAGAUUUUUGUUGUCCUCUGAACAAAUUGAUUACCUUAUAGUACAUUGGUUCGGAUUUUUAUUGGAUUUAACAAUAGGAUUUUGGAUGUUGAUAGAAAUUACCAGACCCGUUGCAAUGUUAUUUUGCGCCUCUUUCCAUUUGAUGAAUUCUAGACUUUUCAGCAUCGGUAUGUUUCCCUAUGUAUGCCUAGCGACGAUGCCGCUUUUUUGCGAAGAAACAUGGCCGAAAAAGAUACUUUCAGUAUUUAGUAAGAAGGAAUUGGAUUCAGUACCUAGUCAGUCUUGUAUUUAUAAGACGUCUACAAAAGAUAAACACCUACCGACGAGAUCAAAAUGGAAACAAAAAAUUGUAACGAUGUUACUUUUAUAUCACUGCGGGUUGCAACUAUUUUUACCUUACUCUCAUUUCAUUACAAAAGGUUACAACAAUUGGACAAAUGGAUUAUACGGUUAUUCGUGGGAUAUGAUGGUCCAUUCCUGGGACACAGUAUUAGUUGUAGUGAAAGUGAUUGAUAACAAAACAGGAAAAGAACUAUUUGUAGACGAUGACGCUUUUACGACCAAUGACAGAUGGAAUAAGCAUGCUGACAUGUGCGUUCAGUAUGCUCAAUGUCUUAAAAGAAAUUUAGAAACUACAUAUAAUAACGGAUUAUCAAGUAUGGCAUCUUCUGAAGUAUCCGAUAUAUCAAUUUACGUCGACGUUUGGUGUUCUCUGAAUAAACGUUUCCAACAACGCAUGUAUGAUCCUAAUUAUGACUUACUUCAAGCCGACUGGUCUCCUUUCAGACAGGUGGAAUGGUUGCUUCCAGUUUUGACGAAAUAUAACGAUUUUAGAAGACGAAUGGACGAAAUUACCAAAGAAGUUUAUUCCUGGUCGAACAGAAGUGAUGUUUUGUUCAUAGCUGAUUUUCCAGGCCUCUAUCUCGAGAACUUCAUUAACGAAGACGUGGAAAACGUCACUCUGACAGUUUUAGAAGGGGAAAUAGGUUACGAAGUAGAAGACGAAUACAGCCUUCAAUCUCUGGGUACCAAAUUAAAAAAUGGCGAAUCGCUACCAGUGGACGUCGGGCAUUUUCACAAAGUACACGUCCUAAGUGAGUCACCAUCUUGUUAUAUGUACACGUUUGUCAGGAGGGAAAAAAUUACCAAAGAUGACAGUAGUAAUGAACGAAAACGGUUUAUGUACUCUCCCUUUCCGUUGGUCGAGGAUGUGUAUGAGAGGGGAGAAAGGAUGUUGUCAAUGUGGAAACAUAUUGGGAGCGCUGUUUUGAAUACGUUUUUCGGAAUCCCUUAUCGUAUUAAAGUAAAUAGUGAAAAGUA